AGAAGAACAGUAAACACAAGCCAUGGAUGAAAUUUAUAAGAUCACUUCCACAGAAAGAAUCCAGCUGUUGGAGAAAGAACUGGCUGUGCGAUUGACUGAACUGAAGUCUGAGAUAGAAGAACAGGAGACUCUUCAGGGAACAGCUCAUCGAUCUUAUAGCUCUGUUCGAAUACCAAAGGACAUUUCUUACUUUAGACGAGAAAGGGAACUGGCUCUAAAGAAAACUUUACAGGUAGCUGAGUCAAAGCCCCUUGUUGUUCAAGCAGACGUCAUGCAGAGGGAGCUAGAGAGCUGCCUAAGAAGAGAGUACACUCCUGAAAAUUUACCUUUGCUUCUGUUGCAGAAACAAGUUGCCUACAUUAUGCAGGAGUACAAUGAUGCCCUUCAGAGAGCUGAAAGAUUGUCUGUUGCACGAGAAAACUUCCUUCUGGGAAAAAACAAUCCUCCUAACUUAGUGACACAGGAAGACUUGACUAUUUACACAAAGUGGUUAGUGUGUCACCUACACUCACUCAAGACUAUUCACCACUAUCUGCAGGCUCUCCAGUAUCUGCCCAUCUCCAAAGUGCUGAGUGUAGUAGAUGAAGCCCCUGAGGUUGGUCAGGAGAAUGAAAAUGUCCACGUUGAUGACAUCCAGUGCUCUGCGUGUCCAGGCCCUAUGGAUACCAGCGUUUCAGGGCCGAUGAGAGCAAAAGCUGCCUUCAUCCUGCCCCAACACACAACAGAAACAGAAGAACUGAAACCUCAGUUGAGGCUCCUGCUCUCCCAUUUCAAUAUCCCAUAUGAUGUGGAUGAACUAAGGGAUGCUGCUAAGGAAAUGGAACUUUUCUCCUUGGUUUCCCAAAAAUUUCAAAGCAUCUUCAUGGAGCAACAGGGAAUGCAAACGUUUCCGGACUACGAUGCUAGGAUAGCUAAAGUGGAGGAUUUCGGUUUGGCAGGACCUGGUAUGGCCUUGAAAAAGAGAGCCAACUGGAUAUCCUUUAUAAAGAUUAAGCCAAAAUGUGAUCCUUGGCAAAAGAAACUUUUGACCAGACUAAAGGAACGGAGAAGAAUAGAUGUAUUAAUGCAACUCCAAGCAAAGUUUUUGAAGAUUUCCAACCCUGAGCGAGUAAUGCAAGUGCUCCAAGAUCACGCUACAAAAACAGUCACGCUGGCUCCAUCUCAUCCAACUUUCCAAGCUUCCCAGGGUUUGCAUCAGUGCAACUAUGACCAAAUCUGGGAGAACAUUUAUAGCAACAUCAACCUCUACCAGAAUGAAAAUAUGAAGGAAGAUGACCUUUCAAUGGAACGAAAUGAAAAUGACCUAGCUCGAAUAACUCUCAGCCAACUUGCUGACGAGGCUGUCAAGCAGAAAAAAGAGACAGGGUACAGCUUUGCAAUGGCCCUGCAAAUGCUGGGCUUGGAUGACGGGACUGGGCCCAGUGAUAGGGAUCCUGUCCUGAUGAGAGGGACCUACUUGUCCUUUCUGUAUCUGCGCCACCUGCGAAUCAGGGAGCUGCAGCGCAUCUGCUUAGGAAUUCUGAACUAUUUCAGAUCCGUUGAGCGAACGCUGACUAUCAACACUGCGGGCCUUACCUUGGUCGCAGGGAGCCUAGUCCCCACCAAAGAAGAUAGUUCCUGGGUAAAUAUGGCAAAAGGAGGCUUGGGCACCUUGCAAGGCCUCGGAGCUCACCACUACGUCCAUGGGACAUCUGCCGAGCACAAGGUCCACAGCGUCCAAUUCAUGGAGUUCUCUGAAGUGGAGAACCAGAAUGAUUACUACAGCAUAGGAGCUGGCUACAUCUACACCCAGGACCCACAAGGAGUGCAUAUCAUGUAUGACGAAGCCUUGAGUGAUCUGAGGGACCUAGAGACAGAACUGCUGCUCGUGGCCAGCCAUUACAUUGAGAAAGAAAAAGGUCACAAAGAGGGCAGCGAGUCAAGUACUGGCCGGGACUGGGUAUGGGCCCAUGCAGGCGUGGACAGAUUUGCUGUGCUGUAUGACAUGUGGACUUGGGAAGCAGCUCUCCUAGAAAACAAACGCCAGCUUCUUGACAGUUACUUUGAAGCCUACCAGCAUGUGCUGGACCCAGAGGAGAGGUUUGCCUUAGCACAAGUGAUCACUGACAUCAUGCACAGGUGCCCAAGGUUUGAUCUCAGCCACUCUUACUUCAUUAAGGCCUACCAAGAUGAAUGCAUGUGCCUGAGGCUUCACCCACAGCUGGUGAGGGGCAUCCUCAACCAGCACAUAGAGCGUCAGCGGGAGUAUGUCCAGAGGCUCUGGCAAGAAAGCCCUCCAGAUGAUAGCAAUAAAUUUGGACUUCCCCUUAACAUCAUUUGCAAACAACUUAUUUCCAUCAACAAUAGCUGCCCAGCUCUGAAAAACAUUUAUCUGCUGGAGUUCCACCCUUCCCUGGGCCUGGCUUCACUCAUCCCCAGAGCCCUUGAGCAUCUCCUCCAGGAGGCCCACCACACCUGCAGGCCCACCACGGCCAGUGGCCUCGCCUUGGUGGAGAGACGUGUGCUGCGGCUGGCCCUGGAUGUGUGGCUCACCCCCGCCAAGCCGGAGUCCUGGUUCAGCGCACAGCUCCAGAAAGAUCUGUUUUCAGCUAAAGUGAUGGGAGAUCCCUUUCUCGUGGGGCAGACAGGCCUGCUUGCACUCAGGUCUGCAGUGGACGAAGGACAUAAGCAAGGCCAGGAUUCUCAUGGGCUGCUCCUGGAAACGUUUUCCAAACUUCUGGAACUCUUGACCCUCCGCCACCGGCUGAUACAAAUGAGUCUGGAGAGUGUACACUUAGCUUGUCUUUAUAAGGAAUUGGCAUGUGAGAUGGGUUUUGAAGAGUUCCAUUUGUAUCUGAGGCCUGUUCACUUUGAAUUUGCAUCACACAAGGACAAGGUGGACCAUCCACCCCCUGUCUUUAUAACCUCUCUGCUGGAGGACAGUGACCGUGUUGACAGAUAUUCACCUACUGCUCUUGGCUUAGCCAUCUCUGAAGUGGAUGAUAACCAAGUUGGCAAAUUUAGUUUUUAUACAAAGGAAGCCGUCCUUAAGCUCUUGUUCCAUUCAGGAGUGGAAAAUAUGCAAGUGACCCUUGCAUGCCAAGCUGCUCAGAAAAAUGCUUUGAUGGUGGCUGUCCAGCAGGCAUCCUUCUAUCACACUCCCCGAGGGGGCUGUCCUGCUGAUGUCAAGGAAAUAAGUUCAGAUCUGAGAAAUCGUGGUGGAAUGGGUCCAACCAGAAGAAGAGAUUCCAGAAUUGUGAAUGGCAUAGACAGCUUGCUGGUAGCCCCAACUCCAAAAGUCCCAGACACCCUUACUCAUCCUUCAGAAAGAUUCCAGGCUACCAAAAGGGCCCCAGAGGCUUUCAUGUCUAUUCAAUUAGAAAAGGUGUGGCUUCGGGACAUGAUGCUGAACGCCUUCCUCCUCAGGAAGCAAACCAUGGCUGACAGAAUGAAGAGCCCCGAUGAAAUUGGGAAAGUCAAAAGAGACGUUAUAGUUGAAUAUUGUCAGAAGUAA